AUGCAGUUGCCGGUGGGUUUCAAAGCACCCAAAUUUACCAAGUACGACGGAACGGGGAAUCCCAAAACCCACCUUCGGAUGUUUGCAAACAAGCUGGGAAGACCAAUAGACGAUGAGAAUCUGCCAGUACGCUUAUUUCCCGAGAGUUUAGAAGGCGACGCGUUGGAUUGGUAUUCCAAUUUGAAGCCUGAAGAUAUGAAAUCUUGGAUGGAUUUAUCGACUGCUUUUGUGAGGCAGUAUGAAUAUAAUUGUGAGCUCGCUCCGACGAGGACCACAUUGGAGGGGACCAAGAGGAAGCCAUCGGAGGACCAUAAGACAUAUGCGAAGAGAUGGAGGAAAUUGGCCGCCAAAGUGGAGCCGCCUAUGACUGAAAACGAGAUUGUUCGCACGUUUAUUAAAGCUCAUGACCCACCCUACUUUGAAGAGAUUUUCCAGUAUGACGAGUUUAUAAGGGCAGGCAAGAUUGUUAAUGUUUCAGCUUUAAAGUCACAGUUGGAAGCUAUGCAGAGUCAGAGUGGCAGUAGUAAAAAGGCUCAAUUUAAGAAGAAAGAUGAGGAAGCCUCUUUUGUCUGGGACCAGGGUUUUUCUUCUCGGCCUAGAUACCAACAAAAUCCCACCUACUCACCUCGUUACUUAUAUCAACCACACCCACGCCCUGUUUACAAUACCACUAUCAACCACCCCCGUCCUCGACCAAAUUAUCCAAACACACCAUCGACGCCAUUUCAUGUUUCCCCACCAAACUUGCAAAUUAGACCUCGCCCUCCUUUUAACCCAAGACCUAUUCCAUCUCCUAACCCAAAUUACCAGUACCAACAAACCCGUGACACCCAAAAUCCAACCCCAUACCGAACCUUUACCAAUCUAGGUCGACCUGUUGACCAGUUAUAUGAGCAAUUAAAAGCUGCUGGGAAGAUUGGUACGGUACCCCCUAAGACCUAUCCCAGGGGAUUUCCCCCUGGUUAUGAUCCUCAAUCGUUUUGCGCUUAUCAUUCGGGAUCCCCUGGACAUCCGACGGCCAAUUGCUGGGCACUUAAGCAUAAAAUUCAAGAUAUGAUUGAUGCUGGAGACAUAAUUCUGAGAAGGAAAGAUGAACAAGGGCCAAGUGUUAGCAACAAUCCUUUUCCUCAGCACAAGGAUACUGUGGGAACUAUCACCAUAGAGGAAGGGAUUGAGGACCCUACACAGUACAUUGUAGACGAGGCCGAGAUCAUGGGGGUCAUUGGAGAACCGUUUAUAUUGGAGGAGGAAGCCUAUAAAGUUGAAGAGAAUACUGAUCCUUUUAUUUUGGAAAUGAUACCCUUUGAAUGUGAGCCUUCGGAACUCGUGGUACUUGAAUUGCCUGAGCAAACUCCUGUUCUUAAUUUACAAGAGGUCCCGUGGAAUUAUAGCGAACCUACACUGUUAAUUGGAGAGAGGAAGGUGCCUAAGAAGGAAGUGGAUGCCAUCACUAGAUCAGGGAGAAUCAUAGGGGAGCCUGCAGUUGAUGAGUCCUCAAAAGCAAAAGAAGGUGCUACACCAACGAAACCCAUAGUGACGGAUGAAGAGGCUUUUAAUUUCCUUAAGAUGUUAAAGAAGAGUGAGUAUAAGGUAGUCGAGCAAUUGGACAAGAUGCCCGCUCAAAUUUCCAUGUUAAAUCUGCUCUUAACCUCGGAACUUCACCGAGAGGCUCUGGUCAAGGUCUUAACUGAGGCUCAAGUGCCUAAAAAUAUUCCAAUUGACAAAUUCGCCAAUGUAGUUGAACAUGUUUUGGCUUCCAGUCGGAUUUCUUUUUCUGAUGAAGAUCUAACUGCCGAGGGGAUUGGACACAACAAAGCUUUGUAUAUCUCAGUCCGCUGUAACGGGAAACUCUUGCCAAAGGUUCUGAUAGACAAUGGCUCCGCUCUCAAUAUCUGCCCUUGGAAUACUUUGGUUAAGUUAGGAUUUCAAGAGACUAAAUUGCGGCCGUCAACCACUGUGGUGAGAGGAUUUGAUGGCGCAAAAAGUGAACCAAUGGGGGAAGUGGAUUUAGUGAUCGAAAUCGGACCUGCUCAGUUUCAGGUCAUGUGCCAAGUCAUGAAUUUUUCAAGUGUUUAUAACAUUCUCCUUGGACGGCCUUGGAUUCACACCUCGGGCGCUAUACCCUCUUCACUUCAUCAGUUGCUGAGAUUUGUGGUGAAUGAUCAAUUGAUCACAGUUUUUGCGGAGGAUGAUUGCACAAUGAUUGUUAACUCUGGACCAAAUGAGGAGGAUAGUAAAACAUCUCUGUUUUCUUCUCACCAUGUGGCUGACAUUGUUUCCGUAGGAUGGAUAUCUAAGGAGAAGCCCGUGGUGGAAAUGAAUCUGCCAGAAGCUAGUGUUAUGAUGGCUAAAGAGAUGAUUCGAGAAAGAUAUGAGAUGGGCAAGGGCCUCGGGCGCAACCUGCAGGGAGUUUUGGAGCCAAUAGAACUUCAAGGAAAGAAGGAUACUUUCGGAUUAGGGUUUCAACCUACUGCCAGGGAUAAGAAAGAAAUGAUGAAUCGUAAAAAGGCGGAGAAGGAAGGAAGGCAGCUUAUCAUGAAUGUCCCACCAUUGUAUUGUACUUUUCCUUACCCAUCAGAGGUGAUCAAAUCUGAAGUAGACCCGAUCGAGGAAGUGGAGGUUGGGUUAUCUGAGCUAUUUGUGGGGGUUAUUUCUGAAAGGGAGCCGUUGGAGGACCCAGGAUUUCCAGAGGUGCCUAUUGAAGCAAUGAAGAACUGGACCCAAAUUCAAGACGAGAGCGAUAACGAGGAAGAAUCUGAAUCUUUAUUAAAGGAUUUUGAACAAUAUGAGGAGAAAUCCAAACCGAACUUAGAAGAAACAGAAGCUGUUAAUAUUGGCACUGAGACUGAAGUUAAGGAGAUAAAAGUUAGCAUUCAUUUGAAUAAGAAACAGAGAAAAGAGAUGAUUGAGUUCUUGACCAUGUUUCAAGAUGUAUUUGCCUGGUCCUAUGAUGAUAUGCCUGGAAUUUCAACAGAUAUAGUGGUCCACCGAUUACCGACUGAUCCAAGUUUUCCACCAGUAAAGCAGAAACCUCGCAAGUUUAAGCCGGACAUGAGCCUCAAAAUUAAGGAGCAAAUCGAGAAACAGCUCAAUGCUAGAAUUAUUAUGGUGUCUCAUUAUCCCAUUUGGCUUUCAAACCCUGUACCUGUUCCGAAGAAAAGUGGAGAAGUGCGAGUAUGUGACGAUUACAGGGAUCUUAACAAGGCCAACCCGAAAGAUGAUUUUCCAUUGCCGAACAUUCAUAUUCUUUUGGAUAAUACCGCAGGGCAUGAGAUUGAAUCAUUUGCUGAUUGUUUUGCUGGAUAUCACCAGAUCUUAAUGGCUGAGGAGGAUAGGGAGAAAACUGCUUUUAUCACGCCAUGGGGGACAUUUUGA